UCACAAACUUCGAUCAUGGAAAACACCCGACGAAACGCAUAUGAUGCCGCCUUCAAGUUAAAGGCGAUAUAUUUGGCUGCCAGAGUAGGAAACAGGGCUGCUUCGCGUAAGCUUAGUAUAAAUGAAUGUAUGGUGAGACGUUGGAGACAUCAACAUGAAAAGCUGACAAAAACCAAAAAGACAGUAAAAGCUUUCAGAGGUAAGAAAUGCAAGUGGCCUGAACUAGAAAGCGUGCUUGCAGACUGGGUAAAUCAACAAAGAGCAGACGGACGAAGUGUUUCCAGUGUGCAGAUCCAACUAAAAGCCAAAGCAAUCGCCACGGAAAAGAACAUUGAAGACUUUUCAGGUGGACCGUCGUGGUGUCUCCGAUUUAUGAGGCGAAAACAACGCACCGAGGAAACGGUGACAAGUACUCAAACGAAGAUAAUUCAAGAUAAUUCCAUGCGACCGGAUGACGUCAUAAAUAUGUACGAGGCACCUUCGACGCCUGACCUGCCUCACACUCGGACUGUUAACAAGAAAGUUGACAUAAUGCCGCGGAGGGGAAAGCGUUCCGAGGCAGCGAAACGCCGAUGGAGGACACACACCCUUGCAAAGACCAACCAGACCAGUGCACCCCUACAGCAUCAGCAGCACCUGUCCAGAGUGUUUGAUGAGGUGAUGGGUUUGGGAGACUUUGCUGACUCCUCACGAGGCUCCAACACCUCCUCUAGGAGUGGGGGUCAAGAGGAGACAAAGGCAGGGGAUGAAGUUCCGGGACAGGAUGAACAACAGCUAGAACAGGACAGCAGUAACAGUAGCAGCAGGCAAGAUGUAAAGAUGAAUGACCAACACUCCUCAUUUCCCAUCCAACCCAGUGAAGGAGGAGGAAGUGGAGAGGCAGCAUUUGAUGAUGCUUUAGAUGGCCUUCCUUCAUUUGGUCCAGAAGAAGAGGAGGAGGAAGAAGAAGAAGAUGAUGAUGAUGAUGAAGAAGAAGAGGACUGGCACUUUUCCUUGCCAGCUGGGACACUGGAGGAUGUCGACAGUGACAAAGCCAAGUGCAAAAACAAUCAAGAGAGAGAAGAAAACGACCAAAUUCAAGAAGAUCCCUCUCCUCCAGAGCCCAGAGUAGAGGAGCAAGAGACGGAAGCAACCAGUAGCUCUGCAAACACUUCCCACUCAUCAAAGGAUAACACACCUGAAAGCAGCCAAGGUAGAGUAUAUGCAGGAGUCCUGAAUCAGACGGAAGAAACAGAAGACAGUCAGCAAGGAGAGCAUUCAGAGCCGCCUCCUAUGGAGGACAGCAACCAUCCGGUGUCUCCCAAAGUCACAGUGAAAGAUGAGCCCAUUGAUGAGGGAUACGAUGCUGCUUUACUGCCUCAGAACUCCAUCAGACACGUCAAAGAGGAACUGGAGCAUCAGGAGGAAGAGCUUAGGAUCAGUUCAGUUUACUCUGUUGGUGGAGGGAACACACUUGUGCCCCCUGUGGUGACUGCACCUCCUCCGCCACCAACAGCCAUUUUUAUUCCGGGUAGAAGUGCUGUUCUCCAAGCUGUGGCUCCCCUUCCUGUCAGGCCUUCAGUUCCCGUUCCGGUUCCCGUUCCAGUUUCAACUUCUCUUUCAGUUUUGUCACCCCUUGCCCCUCGGCCACCUGCACCAACCAUUGCUGGCAGUGUACGCUGCAGUGGAUGCUUUAAGGUUCUGCUAAAAGGUCAAACAGCAUUCCAAAGAAAAGGCUCGACACAACUUUUCUGCUCCACGGUCUGUCUCACUGGCCAUCUGCCCCCAGCCAACAAGAACCAAUUCUGUUCUCUAUGCAACAGCGAGAUCCUUCGGGCUCGGGACACAAUUACAAUUCCGGCUGACGACAACACCUACUUGCACUUUUGCAGUCAGCACUGUUUGUCCAUUUUUAGACACAGGGCAAAAAAAAAUGAAAAGCCCCCUGAAAAAUUGGUUGAUAAACAACCAGAAAAGAGGCCUGAGAAGCCACCAGAGAAGCCUGCUGAGCGACAGUCUGAAAAUCUUGUUUGCAGUGUGUGCAGAGUCACCAAUAAGAUUCAGCAUGAAGUCAGCCAUCAAGGUCGUCUGCACACCCUCUGCAGUGAUGCUUGUUUUGUAACAUGGCGCAAGAUGCGACAGUUAGCCAUGAACUGUUGUGAAGGCUGUGGACUUUACUGUAGUAGCAGUUCGGCCUCCUGUCAUACGCUCACAAUUGACAAAUCUGAGCUCAACUUUUGCGGUCCCACAUGUGUUGGCACUUACAAACAGUCUUGCAGAAAGACGAUUGAGUGUGCCAACUGUCACAAGGCUGCAAUAGUGUCCACAAGCAUCAUGGAGCGAGACGAAAAGGGAAAAGUUCAGCUUUACUGCUCACCUGUUUGUGUGCAAAUGAGCCGACCACCGCUACACACGUUGACAGGGGCUGCAUUCCCAUGCUGUCUGUGCAAGUCUGUAGCUGUUCCUCAGUAUCAUCUGGCAAUGGUGGAUGGCACUAUAAGGAACUUCUGCUCCUAUGAAUGUGUUUCAACUUUCAGGAAAUCGGGACAUACACAGUCGGAUCCGAUCAAUGGAAAAUCAUCCCCCAGGGAUGCAUCAAGACUAGGGCCAGCCUCCAGAGGAAGCUCAGUCCCUCCCAUUCCUCAGGACUACCCAUCAUCAGCCCCCUACCCCAGCCACCAUGGCAGUAACAGCUCAGUGCCGCCUUUGGUUCCACCGUCACUGGCCAUGACCUCUACUUCUGUACCUGGGCAAGCCCAUCCCAGAACACCCCCCUCUCAGCCUCUAAAAGCUGGGGAGGGUGGACACAGCGACACGCCUAAAGUGACCUGCCAUCAGUGCACCAAACAGUUCAACACCAAACCGCUGCUCUUUGGCCACAAAGAUCACAUUUCUGUGUUUUGCUCUAUGGCAUGCUGUGACCUCUAUAAAACACACAAAAAUAUCCUAGCUGUGUGUGAGUUCUGUAAAAAAGAACAGAUGCCCUUUGAUACAAUUCACUACAAUGGGAAAGACAUUUUCUUCUGCAGCAAAAACUGUAAACAAAACUUCAAAGUUAGCCUGACGUCUCGUAACAAGGAUCCUCCCUGCCGUCCCUGCAGCUAUUGCUAUAGCAUUAGCCAAAAAAUGCUGCAUAGCCACUACGGAGGCAAGCUGGAAGAGUUCUGCAAACCUCACUGCAUGUCCCAGUACACUGUACUCUAUUAUGGGAUGGGCCGAUGUGACAAUUGUAGGAAACAGGGCUAUUUAAAUGAGAAGCUGCAGUAUAUGGGAUCAGUACGGAACUUCUGCAACCUGACCUGUGUGCUCGGGUACUGCUGCCUGCAUUUUGAAUUGAACCAGCACACUCCCAGUAAUGGCACUGGAGUAGAGCCACAAACACCGCAUGCUCCGGCACAGCCUCACUAUUCCUCAAAAACAAACCCUGUCAUUGCUGAUGUCGUGUCACUAGCAAAUGGCUCUGCCAGUCAACCCAGCGUGUCAUCAGAUAUUGCUAUGACCGGAGGACUUCCAAACUCCAUUGCAGAUGGCAAGGUUCUUGAUCAUGUAUGUGCCAGUACUCAGACAGAUGCUGUGCGUCCGCUCCCAAACUACCGACGUCAAAUGAAGAAUAAGUCUGUUCUUUGUCGGCCAUUCACAAUGGAUCAAGAGAGCCUAUGUCACCUCCUCCAACCCUCCACUGAUUCUGCAGCAGAUGACGUCUACAGUACAGAAAAAGCUGCUAAAAAGAUGAAGACAGACCACGAAACAGCUCCAUCCCCACCCUCAGCAAGCUCCUCCACAGAGGAAAAAGUGAAGGUCUUAAUGGUGCCAGUUCCAGUGCCGGUCUUUAUCCCAGUGCCUAUGAACAUGUACUCUCAGCACACACCCGUUCCUAUGGCUAUGCCCAUAACUCUUCCAGUGCCCAUUGUUGUACCACCACGGCACAAAGAUUUGACCGAUGCAGCCAUCCAAUCUGAACCUUUGGUCGAGCAGACUGAAAAACAGAAUAAUUCUGAGGUCUCAAUGGAACAGGAGGUUACAAUGCCCAUCGUUGUACCUUCACAGAGUAAAGAUGUGGCGGAUGUAGCUGUUCAGUCCGAUCCUUUGGAAAUGGACACUGUUAAAGUUGCGAUGUUAUCACCGAUAAAAGAUGUAAAAGACGCUGCUGUCCAGUCAGAUCCUUUGGAUGACAAUAGAGAAAGAUGGAACAAUUUGGAUGACUCCAGAGAACUGAAAGUCACAACCCAGAUCCCCUUGCCCAUUGCUGUGCCACUACAGACUGAAGAUGUAAAAGAUGCAUCUCCCCAAUCAGAUCCCAUGCAUGCACAGUUGGAAAAGCGUAAUGAUUUAGAUGACUCCAGCGAACACGAUCAGGUGACAUCCCAGAUUCCUGUACCAUCAUGCAAAGACGUGAAAGACGCUGCUGUCCAUUCAGAUGCUAUGGAAUUUUCUGAAAAGCACAAACAGUUGGAAGACCCCAUGGAAGACCGGUGUGGAAGUACAUCACAGAUGAUUACUCCUCCAAUCCACCGAGGUGAAGAGAGCCCAAACUCAGCACAAAGCCAACUCUCACCUUUAACGGGGUACAUAGAGGCGAGUAGUUCCCCUCCUAAAAGCCAGUCAAAGGCAAACCCGACAACAAGUGCUGCAGAGGCCGUCGCUGCUGAACAAGAGCCUCCUUCUUCUCCAAUGACCGAUUUGGAGUAUGACUUCCCAAUGGAUUUGGGUGAUCAAAAGUCCACAACUCCCCGGCGGGGCGUGAAAAGAGCCAGAGAAGGUUCCAGCGGUCGAAAGCGGGGUCGAAGGCGAACUAUCUCUUUAGACCGCAGUGCACUGGCGCCUCCAGUCAUGUUGAAAUUGAACCACAUGUAUGGUGUCAAAGCUUGGAGGAACUGGGUUCAGGAACACAACAAGCCAUCAAGAAAAUCCAAUCCAGUGCUUGUUAAAGAGGAGAUCCUUCAGUGUGACUCUGCUGAGCUGAGCUAUGCUCUGUCUUGUUUCAUCAAAGAAGUACGUAGGCCAAACGGAGAAGCCUAUAGCCCAGACAGCAUAUUCUACCUCUGCCUGGGAAUACAGCAGUAUCUGUUUACGAAGGGCCGCAUCGAGAACAUCUUCACCGACGAGCUGUACACUCAGUUUGCCACUGAAAUCUCCGGAAUGCUACGAGUAUGGAAACCCAAACAGCUGACCACCGGUGGUCUUGUAUCAUCACGUGUUGAGGAGUCCUUCCUGUGGGAGUGUAAGCAGCUGGGCGCCUACUCCCCCAUCGUGUUGCUCAACACGCUGCUCUUCUUCUACACCAAGAACUUUCACUUCACCACCUUGGCACAGCACCAAGGCCUCUCUUUUGCCAACUUUACUUUGUACUCAAAACCUUGCAGUCGAGCCGGCAAAGUCCUCUACCUCAGAUACCACCGAAGCUCUGCUGCUACUUCGAGCCGUGGAGAGACAGAGCGACAACGAAAAAAGCAGGAACAGGAAGAUGUUAACAUGGAGAUGCCAGAAAAUGUUGCCAAUCCUCUGCACUGUCCUGUCAGACUCUAUGAGUUCUAUCUCUCAAGAUGCCCUGCCACAACAGUGAAGAGGACUGACAUGUUUUACCUCCAACCUGAACGCAACGUGCAUACACAGAGUCCCCACUGGUAUACUUCUCAUCCAUUGCAUCACACCAUCCUACAGAGCAUGCUCACUCGCAUCUUGGCGGUCAAAGAGGUUCAGCGGUAACAGGAUCAGGAUCCACGAUUCCCGGUUUACAGUGACAAGCCUUUUUCAUAACAGGACAGUAGUCAUCUACAUCAACAUGUAGACAAGCUUUUGAUGUGGAGAAACAGAAUGGCCACGCCUUUGAAGGUAGGACACAGACAUUUUGUUGCAGAGAGGACAAUUUGAGGAAGUCUUCGUUGACUCACCCAAGUGGGCGUGUCCCUCUCCCGAAAACGCAUUAAGAGUAUAUAUGCAUCUGCUACUAUUUGAAAUGAAAAUGGAGUGUUACACACGAUCUUAUUUUUUAUUUCCCAUCAAUUAAUCAGUCAUGAAGCAGAAAUCCCAUUUUCCAAUGCGUCACAAUGUGUUAUCCUGCUGUGGUGGUCCUUGAAUGCAUCAGCAGUAUGUUUUGCAGGUCAUUUCUUUUGCUUUUGGACUUUUGGAAGCUACCACAUGAAGAUGGCCCUAAAACUAAAUGUGCUAUUGGAAGCAUAAGUCACAGUGUGUGGACGACUGAAUCAACAUGUAACAUAAGGAAUAGAGCUUUUUCAUAUUGUCAACCAAACCGUGGUUUAAAGGGAUAGUUUGGAUAGUUGUAUGAAUAAGCAGUGUAGUGCAUCAACUGUGGCUUCAAGCCGAGUUCUUGUUGGAUUUCGGUGAUGAGGAACAUACAGUUGAGGACAAAUUAUUAGCACCUCUACAAAAAUGUCACUGUUUUUAAAGUAUUUCCCAAGUACUUUUAAACAGAGCAAUACAUUUUUAACACAGCUUUUUUUUUAGACAUCCUACUUUUAUUUUGGAUCCUUCCAAUAUUUUAGUUUGUACACAGAAAUUAAAAUAUUCCACAAAAAACAAAAAUGCUCAGGGUCAAAAUUAUUAACCCCUAAUAGUCAAUUGAAUUGACUAUUGAAUUACAGUAAACCUCGGAUAUAUCGGACUCGGAUAUAUAGGAAAUUCGCUCACAACGGACAGAUAAAAAAGAACCGAUUUUUCUGUAAUGCAUUUCCAAUAAAAAUUCAUUGCAUAUAUCGGAUUUUUUAUAACGGAUUUCGCCUAUUUCGGACAAAAUCUCCAGUCCCGUUCCAAUGCAUUUCCAUUAAAUUUCCCUCGCAUAUAUCGGAUGGCCGCAUCGUGGCGCUCCGAUUCGCGGAAUCGUGACAGGCCGCUAUACGACGUCAUUUGCAGCGUUUGCAGCGUUGCCUGCGCGUCCAGGUACAUUGGAAACAUAGUCAAGGAAGUGCCUUUUUAUAACGGAUAAAAUCCGAUUUACGCAUAUACCGGAUAUAAAUCCGAUAUAUGCGUAAAACGGACAUUUUCCGGUAUACGCAUAUAACGGAUUUUGCUUAUAUCGGACAAAACCAGUGGGAACAAUUGAAUCCCAUAUAUCCGAGGUUUACUGUAGUUAUAGUUUUCAACAAGUUUCUCACACUACUUUUGGGCAACCCCAGCCCAUUCAGCUCCUUCAGAUGUGAUGGCCUUCUGGCAUGGACAUUCUUCUUCACGUCACCCCCACACAUUUUCAAUGGGAUUUAAGUCAGGGUAAUGACAUUCUUUUUGGUCUUCUGGAGAUAGUUCUUCACUAAGAGAGACGUAUGUUUUGGAUCGUUGUCAUGUUGGAGGAUGAAAUGACGACCCAGACCCACUUUUACUGCUGACUGCUUGAGGUUUUCUUUCAAAAUCUCCACAUAUCUUUUUUUUGUUCAUGAUCCCUUCCACCUUGAUAAGAUUUCCAGUUCCAGAUGCAUUGAAGUAUCCCCACAAGAUAAUACUCCCACCGACAUGUUUCACUGUGGGAUGGUGUUCUUUGUUGUUUGGUGUUCUCCUGGUGUUUUUUCUCCAAACAUAAGCAGUGUCUCUAUGGCCAAAGAGCUCUUGCUUGGUCUCAUCAGACCAUAGGACACGCUUCCAGUGUGCAUAAUCUUUCUCCAGGUUGUCCUGAGCAUACUUAAGUCAUAAUUAAAGGUCGAAGGUGUCUCUUCUUGGUCUGCAACCUCCUGUGCAGAGCUCUGGUGAUUGUCUUUUUCGAGACUACGAUUCCUGAUGUGGCCAAGUCAUUCAUCAACGUCUUGCCAGUUUUUCUGGGGUCUUUAAACACAUCUCUGACUAGUUUUUUUGUCCAGGGUCUUUGAAACCUUCCGCUUCUUAUGCUACGUUCACACCGACGCCGAAUGUCGCUCUUUGAAUCGGCGACGAAUUCUCACGAUCUCCUCAGAUAUGUUUAUGCUCUGAUAAGCUCUGAUACGAAAUUCGUUCCCGCUUUAGGCGACAAAUUAUUUCCCGAAUCGCUACAGCUACUCACGCUUUGAUGCCGAUUGAUCAGGAUUUGUUACGCUUUAAAUCACACUUUGAUACGCUUUAAUACUCAUUGAUAAGCUUUGGUGCGCUUAUCACGCUUUAAAUAACGCUCUGAUACGAUUAUCAAGCUCUCUUGUGCAUUGAUAGGCUCUGUUACGCAAUGGAAAAUUUUGAGAUCCCGACUGCAUCCCGCCUCUGAUCCAGAGCAUAUAUAAAGAUGCAGCAGAUCCAUUGAUCCUUUGAACCAAGCUCUGUUAAGCUUUCCUACGCUUUGAGCAAAACUGAUAAGCUUUGUGACGCUUUGAUAAGCUUUAAUACGCUCUCCCCGCUUUAUGCAAUUCGUGACAGAUCGCCUCAAAUUUUUAAACGGUUUAAAAAAUUUUGGCGCUCUUGCCGAAUGUCCCGAAUUGCUCAAACCUUUCUUACGCUGUAUUACGGUCUUUACGCUUUCAUUAAGCUUUGUUACGCUUUGCCGCCGCUUUGCUCGCCGAUUUAAUUCGCCAUCGAUUCGGCGUCGGUGUGAACGUAGCAUUACCUCUGCCAGGCUUGUUCUGUAUUGUGCGGCUGUCCUUGAAUCUCGGGAUUUUACUUCUCAUUCCAGUUCUUGGACACUUGGAAACGCUUGGAUAGCAUUGUACAUUGUUCUCCUGCUAUGUGUGCAUCAAGUCCAAACUGAUUUCUUGAAUUUUCAGCAUGGCGCUUUCUCAACUAAACCAUGUUUUAACUUAAUUGUUGAGUGAAUUCCGCCCGAUUCACAUAGCCAGCUUUAAGAACAUCACCUGUAAAAUUAAAGCACAUCAUUUGCACAAACUACUUUUGUAAUAAUGUCCCUGGUCAUUUUAGUUAAUUCUUCAAUAAUUCUGUUUUGGUGUACAAAUCUAAAUAAUUUGUGAUUAAAUAAAACUAAAUGGUGAAAAUUCCUUGCUCUGUUAAAAAAGUACUUGGGGAUAUCUUGAAGAAACUUCAAAUUUGGGGGGGUUUCUAAUAAUUUUGUCCUCAACUGUAGUUCUGGCUAGUUGUUGUGGCCACUUAAGUUGAGUUUGACCUCUCAAAACAAUAUGCAUUCCAAAGAUCAUUUGCAAAGAAAUCAGACCUCGCUGUUGCUCGACAUUACUUACUACUACUAGGGAGAGAAAGUAAUGCUGACCCAUUGUGAGGUCAGAUUUUUUUUUGAAGAGGCAUGCAAAUGUAUCACCCUUUUGAAAGCAUAUCGUUUUGACAAGCCAACCUCUACUGAAGUUGCCCCUUACGUUCCUCAUCACCAAAAUCCAACAAGAAGACGGCUCACGGGAGAGAUAGGGAUGUAAAAAAAAUCUGAACUAUACCUUUCAGACCAAAACCCAGUUAGUCGACUUUGUCAUCUGUGUAGUUGUUCAACUCUUAGCUUUUUUAUUCCUGGACAAUGUUUUUAAUAUGUAUUGUUUCUGCACAAAUACUUAGACAUGGUUAUACCAAUUACUUUUAAGAUCAUGUACUCAUACGUUUUUCUACAGAUUUAAUAAACAUUUCUAGUUUUAGUAUGCACAUUGACUUUUUAACAACAUUGGAUCGCUAAAUUACGAAUAAAUACAUGUGCGCCAUGAAUCUGUCAUUUGGGGAUUAUUGCUCUGUAUCGGUCACAAAAUACGGUUUGUUGACAAUAAGGAAAAGGUGCUGUAACGUCUUCAGUGGCAUAUUUGGUGCAUGUAUACGGGGGGUGUGAUAAUGGAGGAAACUCACAGUGCCUCUCAUCUUUUCAUGAAUGCACUAUUUGACCUGUUACCAUUUCUCUCUCGUCCUUCUUGUGGCCUUAUUUUCUCUCCAAUGAUCCAAUGAUUAGUUCUAUGGUAUGUCCAUUCAAGACCCAUUUUCUGUACCCUGUAUAUACACACACACUAUCAAACCCACACAUCCAUCCCUGUAUUCAUGUGGUGCUAUUAUUUUAUUCCCCCGUUUUCCAUGUAUGUUUUGCUCUUAUAUUUUUGUCUGUAAAGUAUUUACCAUUUUUGUGUUUUUUUUUUAUUAAUUCCUGAAAAUUUUAUUAGGUCUUCUCUCAAAAGACUAAAACAUCAUUGGGGGUGGGAAACCAUGUCUGAACAUGUGGAUAUAAAAGCCACCAUGCCCUUUUUAAAAAGCCAGUGUAAUAAAAUGACAGGAUGAAAACUUUUAUGGAUUUUUUUUAUUGUUGUAAUGCUUGUACAUUUUUUUUCAAAUGUUUAAAUCUUUCAGAAGAAAAAGCGAAAUUCCUGCGAAAACAUGAUUCUUCCAUAACUGCUUUAUGCUUCACGACAGGCUUUGCCAAGCAUGACUUAUUGUACAAUACAAAAAUCCUGAGUAUUUCCUCAUUAGUCUUUGUUAGGUAUGUAUUGUAAUGUACUGUAUGUGAACUGAAUAUGAACUAUUUUUUAUGUUUUCUAUACAAUUCAUUUUUUUUUACAUGACAUAAGCCUGACAUUUUAUCAGGGUGGUGUGGACUUGCUGGAACGGAUGAGGUGUUUAGAUCCAGGAUGCAAGACUAUUGCCGAAAACAUUACCAGAUACUGUUUAUACGGUGAUAUUGUUUUGUAGUAAUAAAAAAGACCAUGACCCACGACACCGUGUGGCGGAAUCAGGGA